AUGCCUUAUCUUUAUGAUAGUCUCUUAUCAAUAUGUUCAUCUAACGAUGGUUUUUAUUACAAAGAUGUUGUACUUGAUUCAACGACAUAUCGUAUAUUUAACUAUCGUCUUUGUUCAUACACUACAUUUCAUUCAUUACCUUACGCAUUGAAUUGUCGUGGAACAAUGUUCAAUAUCAAUGAUCCGAACAAUCUUCAAUUGGUUUCAUUGCCACCAGAGAAAUUCUUCAAUUAUGAAGAAGGAAUCGGCUUUGACCAACAUAAACAAGGACAAUUAGGAGAUCAAAUGGACAAACUCGAUGGAUCAUUAAUUUCAACAUUUAUCCAUUUUGACGAUAAGAAUCAAGCAAUUGUUCGAUUGAAAUCAAAAACAUCAUUAACCUCGUCACAGGCAUGCGAAGCAAUGGAAUUAUUUAAAGGUAAAUUCAAAAGUGAAGUCGAAAAUCUAGUUAAUCUUCAUUAUACAAUCAAUAUGGAGUAUACAUCACCGUCAAAUCGUAUUGUUCUUCACUAUCCUCAAGCCGAAUUAACUGUACUCUCAAUUCGAUCUCAUUUGACUGGCGAAACUCUCUUCGCUCGGCAUCUACAAUCGUUCCUCGUAGAACAUAAUUUUCAAUCAAUUCUUGAACAUAUAGUUCCAUUUAAAUCGAUUCCACGUCAUCUCUCUCAUAAAGAGUUUUGUCAAAACAUUUAUGGAGAGACUCAAGGCGAAGGUUAUGUCGUUGAAAUUAUUCGUACAGAUCAAUCGUCUUAUUUGGUCAAAAUCAAAACUCACAAAUACUUGCAAUUACAUCAUUGUAAAGACAAAGUCAAUUCGCCACGACAUUUAUUUGAAAGUAUAAUCAAUGAACAAUCGGAUGACUUGAGAUCAUUAUUUCAAGAUAAUCCAGGAGCUUUGGAAAGUAUUUCCAAAAUGGAAGAACAAGUAAGAUCGCAAUUCAAUCAUAUGGUUAAAUCAAUUGAAGAGUUUUAUGAAACGAACAAAUCCCUGUCGAGAAAAGAUUAUGCCAUCCUAAUUAACAACACACCAUCCAUCAAGAAAUAUAUGGGAUUAUUGAUGAAUCUUUAUUUAGAUAAAAUCAAUGAUUAUAAACAAUAUGCAAUAACUCAUGCAAAAGAUCUUUUCGGAAUCAAUGAUAAUUGUCAAGCAUCAUCAAGAAGCAAUGCGGAAGAAGAAGAAGAUUAA